GUGGCGGUCGAUUGUGGCCGGACGAAUUCUGCUUUUCUGGUAAUUGGUGUGGCUUCCUGUAUGUCGAAUUUACAGCGCGUCAUGAUGAAAUCCAGACUACCGCCAAUGUGUCCGAAUCCCCGCUUUCCAAAGCCUAGCGACCGUGGUUUUCGCCGUCAGACAGAUUACAACCCGCUAAUGUGGAAUGCUUUCUUCGCCGAGAAGAGAGAUGUCGAAACGGGACAGGGAAAGUUUCGCGUUUACCUUUCUGGCCCACCGGUUGAGGCCGGGAACGCACCACUGUUGGUGCUUCUGCACGGGGGCGGCUAUUCGGCUCUUUCGUGGGCACAUUUCAGCACUGAAAUAACGAAGCUGAUACAUUGUCAGUGCCUGGCGUUUGACAUCCGAGGACAUGGCGACACUUUUACCGUGGAGGAAAACGACCUUUCGUCUGAGCGAUUGGCCACUGAUGUCGGUGAAGUGAUUCAAGCGAUGUACGGAGAAUCAGCGCCACCGAUCAUACUGAUGGGUCAUUCGAUGGGCGGUGCGGUUUGUGUGCAUGUGGGCAACAUGUUCGUCCUUCCGUCGCUCCUCGGCAUGGUGGUGAUCGAUGUGGUAGAAGGGACAGCCCUGGAAGCUCUUGCCAGCAUGCAGAGCUUUUUACGCUCACGGCCGACCACGUUUAAAAGCAUUCAGCAUGCCAUCGAGUGGUGCGUACGCAGUGGACAGGUACGCAACGUUGAUUCGGCUCGCGUUUCCAUGCCAGGACAGAUCAUCAACAUCGACACGAAGCAGUUGGCUACCAACGAGCUGCCACUAAAGGAUGAAUCGGUUACCGAAGAAAAGCUGGAUUUUAAACACCCGAACGCCAUAGCCGAAGAUGCAGAAACGACACAAAGCGCUUCGCCGACGGAAGAAGAGGCUGCGAAAUUACCACCUCCACCCUCACCACCACCGUCGACCGCCGGAGCGGUAAAUCUGCGAAAGUACGCCUGGCGUAUAGAUCUGUCGAAAUCGGAAAAAUACUGGGAAGGGUGGUUUUCUGGGUUGAGUCAAAAGUUUCUCGACGUGCCCGUACCGAAGCUACUACUACUCGCCGCGAUUGAUAAUCUCGACCGAGCGCUCACCGUAGGUCAGAUGCAGGGAAAGUUUCAACUACAGGUGCUGGCCCGUUGCGGCCACGCCGUUCACGAGGAUCGCCCGCAUGAGGUGGCGGAAGUUAUAGCUACCUACCUGAUAAGGAAUCGCUUUGCGCAGCCCACGGGCGAUGGACAGUUCCUGAAGCAUAUGCCCGCCUGCUAAAGACUGCGAACGA